GGCCCGGGGCCGCCCUCCGGCCGGGCCGAGAGAGGGGAGCUGGCCGCCGCCAGGUUUAGGUCCCAGGACCAUCUGCUUCCUGGUGGAUGUUGGGGAGUGAAGGAGAGGAAAGCCAACUGAAGUUCACUGCAGACAAGAAAGAGGUGGCAUAGCCAUAAAGCACACUGGACUUGACGAAUGCUUUAAAGACCUGGAGUUGGGUCUGAACGCGGAUUGUCUGCCCGUGCCAUACUCUGUCAGUCUCUAAAAGCGUCUCCCGAUGGCCGCCCUGACUUCACCAGAAGUAAAUUUGUCCUGUCGCCGCACCCUGGCGACCUUGUCUGGUGAUGAGGGGCGUUGUCACGGCGAGCUGGCUGACUGAUUGCCGGCCGGGAUACCACGGUGGGAUGAGGACUUCUGGAGAAGAGUCUGCCUGUGGAACUAAUGCCCUGUACCCUAAGAAUGGAAGGAGACCUAUCCAGGGAAUUCAAACGAAAAAUGAUAUGGGAUUUUCAGCAGAGGCAACUCGUACAGAAAAUUCCUUGUAGAGUUGGAGGCCACGAUAAAUGGUGCAAAGAUCUGAGAACCGGGGGCUUGGCCAUUCUUCAUGGAUUCAACUACGGUCAUGACUUCAUUAAAUGUUGGAGCAGAAGCCAGAUCUUCACAUGUGGCCAGGAAACCACAGAGUUUGAAGUUCCAUCUGACACUGCCUCUAAGGAAAGCAAAAUAUUCACCAUCCCAGGGCAGCAUUUCCUGAAACCUAACACUCACCCUGCCCUCUCCAGUGUAACUAUGCUGUUUGGAGCAUUCCUUCAAUGCCGGUGAGCUGGUAGCAUUUCAGGAUCUCAGGAACAACCAUCCAGAAGAACGGCCGGGAUCCAUGAGCUAUUUGGCUUCGGGAAAGAGCAAGCUAGAGAGAUAGUUUUCCCUCUCUCCCCAGCUUUCCACACUAAGGUCGUGAGAGCUCUGUUGGAAACCUGGGCCCCAGGAGAGCAAGGUUGACUUCCAGCCGUGAAACUCUUCACCAGCCUUCAGAAUGUCUUCUGUGUGGAAAGAGCAUCCAAGCCUGAGCAGUUCCAAGCCACUUCCGGUUGUCAUAAUAGGGAACGGCCCCUCUGGAAUCUGCCUGUCCUAUUUGCUCUCUGGCUACACCCCCUAUGUCAGGAGAGAUGCUGUCCACCCGCACCCGAUCCUACAGAAGAAACUUGAGGAAACACCAGAGGUCUCAAUCAUUGACCAGGACCUGGAAUACCUGUCGGAGGGCUUGGAAGGGCGAUGCUACAGCCCAGUGGCUCUUCUUUUUGACACUCUACUCCGCCCAGAUACAGAUAUAGGUGGAAGUGCAGAAUCUGUCCUCACUUGGUGGCACCAAGAGAACAGGGCCAUCCCCCACCUGGUCCUGGGCAAAAACCUCCCUGGAGGAGCAUGGCACUCCAUCGAGGGCUCGAUGAUCACACUAAGCCAAGGCGAGUGGAUGGGCCUCCCAGACCUUCAGUUCAAAGACUGGAUGAAGAAGAAAAGACGAGGCUUCAGAAACAGUCGGGCCACGGCGGGAGACAUCGCUCACUAUUACCAGAACUAUGUGAUGAAGAAGGGGCUAUACCAUAACUUCCACUGUGGCAGCACGGUGACAGCUGUGAGGAGGGUUGGUCCCCGGCAAGAGCUGGGCUCUGGUCCUGACUGCUUCUCCGACUGGAGUGCCCAGGAGCCGGCAGCCUGCCAGGCUGCCCCAGACCAGCAGCUCUUCCAGGUGAGUGGCUUCACGGAGGGGAGUGAUGGAAGUCAGCAGCCCUUCUCCGUCUCCGCCGAGAACGUGGUCCUGGCCACGGGGACGUAUGACAGCCCGGCCUGGCUCGGCAUCCCUGGGGAAGAUCUUCCCUUUGUCCACCACGAACUCUCCGUGCUGGAGACUUCCACCAAGGAUGGGACCUUGGACCAGACCUCGGACCCCGUCCUGAUCGUCGGGGCUGGGCUGUCAGCGGCCGACGCUGUCCUCUUCGCCCGGCACUGCAACGUGCCCGUGAUCCACGCCUUCCGGAGGAAAGUGGAUGACCCUGGCCUCAUCUUCAACCAGCUCCCCAAGAUGAUGUACCCAGAGUACCACAAAGUCCACCAGAUGAUGCGGGAACAAUCCAUACUGACUCUGGGUUCAUACGAGGGCUACCUCAGCCUCCCGGAGCACCAGCUCCUCUUCUUCAAAGACGACAAGAGGUGUGUGUUCCAGGACGGCAGGGGGCAGCAAAAGGUCUUCAGCAUCUCCCUGGCUCUCCUCCUCAUCGGUUCCAACCCCAACCUCUCCUUCCUGCCCGACAAUGGAGCCGACCUGGCCGUGGACCCCCUAAAGCCUGUGAACCCCAAGAGGAACCCCAUCGAUGUUGCCCCCUUCACCUACGAGUGCGUCCAGGAGCCAGGUCUCUACGCUUUGGGGCCUCUGGCGGGCGACAACUUUGUGCGCUUUGUGCAAGGAGGUGCCCUGGCCGUGGCCAGUUCCUUGUUGAGGAAAGAAAAGAAAAACCCCACUUAGUGUAGCACGCCCCUGUUCCGCCCCCCCCUCCCCCCACCCCACCCCCCAAAUCACAUCAACAAGCCGGCAAAACCAAUUCUCCCAGAGGAGUAGAAGGGGGUCCGUUUGCCUGUCUGUGUAACUCGGGUUCUGCCUGUCAAACCAAAUGGGUUUGUUCACCAGGCCUGGUUUUCAGGGGAGCCAGUGCUGCUGGCACUUUCCUUUUGCGGCAGGAUGUUUAAUCUGAAGAGGGAGCCCGGUGGGGGCCGGGAAGUCGGGGGAGUGGUUUCUCGACUUCCUUUCUUUAAAAGUCAAAGCCUCCAAAUGGCCCCAGUCCUGCUCAUGGAGUCUAGGUGGGUGAGAGGACAAGCAACAGGUGACCUAGGUCUGCUGCAUGGGCCUGUGGGUUGGCUGCACCCCCAUGUCCCAACCCGACCUCCCAGAAUUUGGGCCUCAUAUCACUAAUUGGCUCAAGGGAAAUGGGACGGAGAGUUCGAACCGCUGCUAGAAUGUGUGCUGCAAGUUCUCAGUCUGAGGCGAGCCCCCUGCAGGAAUUUGCACACUGGUGGAUCCCACCUGGAAAUGGGGAGGAACGGCUCUGGUCCACACAUCAUCAGGAUCAGGGUUCAUGCCUCCAAAUGGCAACGUUUACAAUAAAAAGACUUUGACAACCAUU